AUGUCGGCAUCUAUAGGAACAUUGAAACCUUUUCAGCAUUCUAUAAUCGAUAAUGUUGAUAGUGCAAUGUCCUUUCAAAGUCUCUCUUUUGCAUCAUCACAUUUAUCCGGCGGCAAAUUGAUCUCAUCUAAAUCAUUGCGUUCUAGACGAUUCAUUUCUAGUAAGAAAGCCUAUCAUAGCAGGGCUGCGAUUAUCGUGUCGCCUAAAGCUGUUUCUGACUCGUCAAAUUCACAAACAUGUCUUGAUCCAGAAGCUAGCCGAAGUGUUUUGGGUAUUAUUCUUGGAGGUGGAGCUGGGACGCGUCUGUAUCCUCUAACCAAAAAGAGAGCAAAGCCGGCUGUUCCGCUUGGAGCAAAUUAUCGUCUGAUUGAUAUUCCUGUGAGCAAUUGUAUUAACAGUACCAUAUCCAAGAUCUAUGUUCUCACACAAUUCAACUCUGCAUCUCUAAAUCGCCAUCUUUCACGAGCUUAUGCAAGUAACAUGGGUAGUUACAAAAAUGAAGGUUUUGUGGAAGUUCUCGCUGCUCAGCAAAGUCCAGAAAACCCUGAUUGGUUUCAGGGCACUGCUGAUGCGGUCAGGCAGUAUUUAUGGUUGUUUGAGGAGCAUAAUGUUUUGGAAUUCCUAAUACUUGCGGGAGAUCAUUUGUACAGAAUGGAUUAUGAAAAGUUUAUUCUAGCCCAUAGAGAAGCAGAUGCUGAUAUUACUGUUGCUGCACUUCCGAUGGAUGAAAAGCGUGCCUCUUCAUUUGGUCUAAUGAAGAUUGAUGAAGAAGGACGCAUCAUUGAAUUCGCGGAAAAACCCAACGGAGAGCAGUUGAAAGAAAUGCAGGUGGAUACUACUAUUUUAGGCCUUGAUGAUGAAAGAGCUAAAGAGAACCCUUAUAUUGCAAGUAUGGGUAUAUAUGUCAUUAGCAAAGAUGUGAUGUUAAACCUACUUCGGUUAAGCUUUCCUGCAGCUAAUGACUUUGGCAGUGAAGUUAUUCCUGGUGCAACUUCCAUUGGAAUGCGAGUGCAAGCUUAUUUAUUUGAUGACUACUGGGAGGAUAUUGGUACCAUUGAAGCUUUCUAUAAUGCUAAUUUGGGCAUUACAAAAAAGCCAGUGCCAGAUUUUAGCUUCUAUGACCGUUCAGCUCCAAUCUACACCCAACCUCGAUAUUUGCCUCCUUCAAAGAUGCUUGAUGCUGAUAUAACAGAUAGUGUCAUUGGAGAAGGGUGUGUCAUAAAGAACUGUAAAAUUCACCAUUCUGUGAUUGGACUCAGAUCAUGCAUUUCAGCAGGAACAAUUAUCGAAGACACUCUUUUGAUGGGAGCAGAUUAUUAUGAGACGAAUGAUGACAAAAUCCUUCUGUAUGCAAAGGGUAGUGUUCCAAUUGGCAUCGGCAAGAACUGUCACAUAAAGAGAGCUAUUAUCGACAAGAAUGCUCGUAUAGGGGACAAUGUGAAGAUCAAUAAUAUUGACAAUAUUCAAGAAGUAGCAAGGGAGUCAGACGGAUACUUUAUUAAGAGCGGAAUUGUUACCAUUAUCAAGGAUGCAGUAAUUCCCAGUGGUACUAUCAUCUAAGAUGGUGAAACUUGGAUUCCUUUAAUUUUUAUUUAUUUUGCCAAACAACCAUGAGUU